AUGUCGACCGACGACUUGUUCGACCUUAUUGGGACAUACGACAACCUUAGUGAAGCAGUGCCGAGUGCGAACAGUCGUGCAACGCUUCUGGGUACCGUUGUAACAUUUCUGAUCAUAUCAUGGGGUUGCGCUUUAUUUCGCUUCUACACGAGAUUCUUCGUCAUCUAUUCCCCUGGAUGGGAUGACUUCUUCUUGUUACUUGUUCUGCUUGCGAGUAUCACGGGAGCGACCUGCAUUUGCAUGUUACCCGACUAUGGGCUAGGCCAGCAUUUCAUAUAUUUAACAGAGGAUCAAAUGUCGGCCUAUUUUAAAGGGUAUUACAUUGCGAAUGGUACCUACAUCCUGUCCACCACAUUUAUCAAGAUUUCGCUUCUCCUACAAUACCUUCGGGUAUUUGAAGAACGUACUUUACGACUGAUCUGCUGGUCCCUCCUGAUUGUUUCUUCAGUGUGGGGAAUGAUCUUCGCCAUCCUGGCCUGGAUUCCAUGUGCGCCUGUUUACGAAUUUUGGGACCUCACAAUGUCACGAAACGAGAAGAAUUGCUACGGCUACGGAUCUUCAAGUCGAACUGGCUUCGUCCGGUCGUAUCUUAGCCAUGCCAGCUUUAACAUGACGAUUGAUAUAUUCAUUCUCUCAUUACCGGUGUGGCUGGUCGUUAGGAAGACCAAUGUUCCCACGAAUCGUUUAGGCCUAGUAGGGCUGCUGGGAGGUGGCUGCGUGGUGGUUUUUGUCUCUAUCUGGCGACUAGCGAGCCUAGUAAAGCAUCAAGCUGCUACAUAUCCGACGUUCGAUCCGACGUGGUAUUCUCCGAUAAGCAUCAUAUUGUCGGCCAUCGAGGUGGAUGUGGCGAGCAUUUGCGCUUCCAUUCCAGUGUUCUGGCCAGUACUGACAAACUCAGUUGGAGAAAUCUUCGUAACCAAAGAGGUGCACAUCAUCCACGAGGAGCGAGGAGACGAAUUUGAACUUCACCUUUCGCGCAGUGGCAGUGGCGUGACACACAGCAAUGACAGCAGGGACUAUCCAAACGAAAUGAUGGUCGGCGUCUCUUCGCAUACCGGUAGCAAGCAAUUAGAAUUCAACCCACUCAGGAGUAACCCACUUCCAGGUGUGAAUGAGAAGGAAACUCAUACAGUCAUCGUGCGGACGCGUAUACGCAACGAUAAUGGCGCAGUAAAAUUACAAAGCUUAGAGUCUCUCCUCUCUGAAAAGUAG